GUGGGCGUUGCAAAUAUAGCGUUACUAAUAUUUAGUGACCUAAUUGAAGUCUUGAAUAAUGGAUGAAGAACAGUUCAAAUUUAACUUCCAAUUAGAACAAAUUGUAGAAGAAUGGAAGACAUUGGACGAUGGGGAAGAAAACUUGUCCCACAAUGAUGGUGAUGAUGAUGAUAAUGCGGAUCAAGGAGAUGAAUUGAAUGCUGUUAGUCAAGAAUCAUUUUUCGCCCCUCAUUAUAAAGAUGGAAUUGAUUAUUUUACAAUAACUAAUCCGGAGAAAGUGAAACAAGAAUGGCUUGAAGCUAGAAAGUUGAUUAUACCACACAUUCAAAAUGUUGUCAAACAUUUAGUUCGAGAGAAAUUUCAGAAAUAAAUUUUCAUGUACAGAAAAAGUGUGUUUUAAUUUUUCGUCUUAUCACUCACUGUUAGAUAGUUGUCAGUGUGUGACGAGGGGACCUAUGAUUCUGCCUAUCUCGCUAUACAAAACACCCUGUAGACAAUUCCAUAUUAAUUUGUUUAUGAGAUGUAUCACACAUUGAAACAAUAUUAUAUAC